AUGGUCGACGAAGUACUACAACUGAACAACUACACCAUCGAGAAGGCCAUCGAUGCGCUCGGGCUGAUCUGUAAUGACUUCAUCGUAAGCUGCUACUGGGCCGGUAAGAAGUUUCCGUGUUUCGACAAGAAUGCCUUUCUCGGGUGGAUCGGAUCGACCAGCCAUUACGGGGCCUGUUGUUCGCUCAACUAUCACCCGAAUGAGGAGAAAAAUAGUAUUCCAUACGCCGUCAACACGUACGGUAUGCACGGGGGUCUGAGCGUCAUUGGCACAGGAUAUCCACAAGCUUCCGAUGGAAAAUCGGGUGCCCUGUACUCGGAAGGCUUCAUGCUAAUGGUACACCAUCCUCACGAUUUUGCCGUGGAAGACGCCCCCCUAACGCUGCUACGUUUGGGCAAAGAGACCUUCGUCAACGUGCUGCCAACCGAUUCGCGGUGCUCGGAGCAAGUUCUUGCGCUGCCCCAAUCACAACGGAAAUGUAUUAUUGGAAGUGACUUCCACCCACCGAUAGCAUACUAUCGCCAGCCGGCCUGCACGCUGGAUUGUGUGCGAAAGGAGGUUCACCGUAAGUGCGGUUGUCAUCCGUUCCAUUUGCCAAGACCACGAGCUACGAAAAUUCGUAACUGUACCGUUUACGAUUCAAUUUGUUUCAUCGAAAACUACUAUAUGUUCAAACGAUUGAAGUGUGACUGUUUUCCGGCUUGCAGCGACGUUACCUACACGACCACAUCGUUUGUGACAGACUUUUCUGCCCAGCAAUUCUCGAUAAAUCCAUUCUAUGCGGAAACCAACCUGACUAAAUUUGAAUUUAUCUUUCACAUCUUCCUGAGCAACCAAGUUGUGGAGGCCAACAGAAGAAUCGUCGUUGUAUCGUGGAUAUCACUACUUUCCAACCUUGGAGGAGCCUUCAGUCUGUGCCUUGGCAUUAGCGUUCUUUCGCUGUGUGAGAUACUGUUUUUCAGUACAAUCCGUUUGCGCAAAACUUAUCUGUCACUGAAACAACGUCAAGGACAUAAAAUCAACCUAGUCGCACCAAUUGAACGCUGA